AUGGGGAAUGCAGAUGCUCUGUCGAGACUGCCAGUCGAUCAGGCUUCCAGUAGAGUUCUUGCGGAGUUACAUGCCGAACACCAAGGUAUUGUACGCACAAAGGCAAUUGCUCGUACUUUUGUGUGGUGGCCUGGUAUUGACAAUGACAUUACGACUUAUGUAAGAAAUUGUGAGGGAUGUGCAUUCCAGCAGAACAAUCCAGCUCCCUGUAAGACACACCCUUGGAGACACCUAGUACUCCAUGGCAGAGAGUACACAUUGCUUUGCAGGUCCUUUUCGAGGUCACACUUUCUUGAUUGUGUUGACUCAUUUAGUAAGUGGCCUGAAGUUAUACCAAUGACCUCUACAACUGCAUAUAGCACCGUGAGAGUGCUCAUGUCCCUAUUUGCAACACAUGGUAUUCCUGAGCAAAUUGUGUCGGAUAACGGACCUCAGUUUGUUUCAAGUGAGUUUGAUAGUUUUUGUAAGGGGAACAACAUCAAACACAUUCGUAGUGCUCCGUAG